AUGAUGGGAGCUGUCCGGCUCGGGCAGCUGGCCCUGCUCCUGCUGGCCGCCUCGGCCUUGGCGCGCUACACCCCGAAGCGCUACACCCCGGACUGGGAGAGCCUGGACGCCCGGCCCCUGCCCUCCUGGUUCGACGAGGCCAAAUUCGGCGUGUUUGUGCACUGGGGCGUGUACUCGGUGCCGGCCUGGGGCGAAUGGUUCUGGUAUUUCUGGCAGGGCGAAAAAGAUGCAGACUACGAAGCCUUCAUGCGCCAGAACUACCCACCUGGCUUCUCCUACGCCGACUUCGGUCCCCAGUUUGAGGCUAAGUUCUACGACCCCAAAAAGUGGGCGGAAAUCUUCGAGGCGUCCGGGGCCAGGUAUGUGGUCCUGACCAGUAAGCAUCAUGAAGGCUACACACUCUGGCCCAGUUCUACAUCUUGGAACUGGAAUUCUGUGGACGUAGGGCCACACCGAGAUCUGGUGGGUGAAUUGGGGCCUUUCCUCCGAGAGAAGAAUAUCCGUUAUGGACUGUACCACUCACUCUUGGAGUGGUUUCAUCCCUUCUAUAUGCUUGACAAGGAAAACAACUUCACAACCCAGAAUUUUGUCACCGCCAAGGUCUUGCCAGAAAUGAUUGAUCUUGUGAACAAGUACAAACCUGACCUGAUCUGGUCUGAUGGAGAAUGGGAAGCCCCUGACACUUAUUGGAAUUCCACCGAGUUCCUUGCCUGGCUGUACAAUGACAGCCCUGUAAAGGAUCAAAUUGUGGUUAAUGAUCGAUGGGGCAAGGACAAUCCCUGUAAUCAUGGAGGUUACCUUACCUGUCAUGAUAAGUACAAGCCAGAUACUCUUCCAAAACGCAAGUGGGAAAUGUGCACCACCCUUGAUAAACAUGCCUGGGGGUAUCGGCGAACAAUGAAGAGCAAUGAUGUUAUGACUGAUAUAGAAAUCAUUUCGGAACUAAUUGAAGUUGUGACUUUUGGAGGCAACUAUCUGAUCAACGUUGGGCCAACAAGAGAUGGGAUCAUUCCCCCCAUCUUUGAAGAAAAGCUCCGUUCUGUGGGGAGCUGGCUGAGCAUCAAUGGGGAGGGGAUCUAUGCUUCUAAGCCAUGGAGGGUGCAAAUGGAAAAGAACACCACCACCACCAUAUGGUACACCACAAAGGAAUCUGAUGUGUAUGCCUUCUUCACCUCUUGGCCAAAGAAUGGAGUGGUAGAGCUGGACUCCCCUGUCCCAACAUACAGCACAAAGGUGACAAUGUUGGGACUCUCAGGGCUGUUGAAGUGGUCAGAAGGCUCAAUGGGUAAGGGUCUUGUCAUUGCCCUGCCUGAAUUCUCUUCAAGUAUUGCAAACAUGAAAAUCUGGACUCUCAAACUACACAAAGUGGAGUAAGGCAUUGAGUUCCGAGGGCGCCACACCAAUGUCUGUGACUGCCAGUUUGAUUUUUGCUUCGAAGACAUGAACGUUGCAAUAAAUUGACUUUACUUAACCCAGAGAGGAAUUUUCUGAUCCGUCUUAUUCAAUGGCGAGUGCACCCUGUCUGACCUCAGUGGGUACCUCCGGUUUAUAAGCCUGCACCUCCCUCCAUGAAAGAAAGGCCUUUCAGGAGGGAGAUCUCUGUGUAUCCCUGACCUUACGCAUGUAGCUGACCUCAGAAGUUAUUUCAGAUGGAUGUCUCCUCCUUUGUUUCCUAUGCCCCUUCUAUAUCAGGUGCCUCCACCCUGUAAGUAGGGGUCAGGCACUAGAAGGCAGAAUGAAGUAGAAUAGGCUUAGCCAGGUAAUGCCAAGUUUGUUGAUUUAGUGUCAGCUGCUGGUUGAAGAAACUUCCUCAGCUCCAGAAGUUUGUGAAUUCAGCAGCACCUCUCCAGGGGGACAAGAGGAGGAUGGCUUCCCUGGCUAUCCCUGGCUUCCCACUCCUUAGACUUUCACCAACCACCAACCAUGCUGCAUUAGAGAGUCCUGAGUGUAAUUCUAAACAAUGCUUGGUAAUAGAGUUGGUUGACAGUUCCAUCUUAGGAGUAUGCAGUUUUGUCCAGGAGAGUGGCACUGUGGAUGCUAGGGACUGUCCCUCUCUAGAGCCAGUCCUAACCCUGUUAAAGCCAAGUUUAUUCAUGCAGAGGACUAAAGCAGACUGACUGGUCUCUAGUUCCUGUUUCUUGGUCCUGACAGUUCCCUAUAGCAGAAACCUAUAGGGAUUCCUGCUGCAUUGGGGUAGGGAGGAGAGUGGGAAAGGAGGCUUGUAAUAUCUAUAUGAUGGAUUAAAUUCCCUUUUAAAAUGUGCAAUUAAGGAACAAAUGCUCUAAUUUCGUGUUUCUGUC